UCUAACUUUUCAUUGAUUCAUUUGAUUUUUAAUUAGUUGUCUUUCUGAAUUGAUGCUUGUAGUUAAUGUCUUAACUUUAUAAUUAUUUUAUGUUAUGUUGAAUGGCUUUACUAUAAGGACUGCUGUGAAUGAAACACGAUAUGCAAAUGAGGUUGGAGAAGCUUUUAGGUCCAUAGUCCCAAAGUCAGUUGUAUGGUCCAGUUACAUUGUGGCCUCUGGAUAUGUGCUUGCAGAUACAAUUGAUAAAAGUUUAAAGACUUAUCGUGACAAUGUUAAUCCAAAUGCAACAAAAAAUGUAUUAAUUUCUAUGACUGACACCUUAUUGUGGCAGUCAUUUGCAUCUGUGAUCAUUCCUGGCUUUACAAUUAAUAGAAUCUGCAGAGCUGUUCAAUAUGUACAAAAGAGAAAUGUGGCCUUAAGAAAUCGAUGGAUUCCCACAAUUGUUGGUCUAAUAUCCAUACCUUUUAUAAUACACCCUAUAGAUACUGCAGUGGAAGAAGCAAUGAAUAUGACAUACAGAAAGUGGAUAGGAUAUUAUCCUAAAUGACCACUGCUGUAAAACACAUAUACAAAGAUGUAGGAUUUACCAAAAAUAUAUCUGAGGCUUGAUCAGUUUACAAAGAAAACGAAAGUAUUGCUAUUUAUUAUACAAUUUAUUAAAAGUAGAGCAAUUGAAAGUUAUGUACAUUUUGUUACAUUGUUAAAUAUUGUUAUCUUAAUACUAUAGAACAAUGUACAUUAGAUAUACACUCUGAAACAAUAAUUGUUUGUAGAUAAUAAUAAAAUGCUUUAAAUUUUUAUUCAUCUUGAUUUAGACUGCCAUAGAUCAUAGUAAAAGUAGAGGUAAAAUUCCUUUUAUUAAUUGUAAUAUAAAAUAAAAUAGCGUAUAUCUUUCAGACUUUGCAUGUGUUUAUUGAAUUCUAUCUCCAUUUAUUUG